AUGCCAGGAACGAGAUGUGCUGUGUAUGGGUGUAGUAAUAACUAUUUUGCUCAAAAAAAGAGCACUCGGAAAUAUAGUAUGCAUCGCUUUCCUAAAGAAAAAGACCUUGCAUCUAAAUCUAUUCGGAACGAGUGGAUACUUCGAUGUAAAAGAAAAGACAAACUUAAUCCAGAUACAAGUUACAUCUGCUCAGCCCAUUUUACUGAGAAUGAUUACGAAAGAGACUUACAAAAUGAGUUAUUAGGUCGCCCUUUGAAAAGGGUUUUAAAAAAGACCGCUAUUCCUAGAUUAUUAUUAUAUAAUGAAAAGCCACUAACAGUAACAGAAGCCUCGACCGAAGCAACAUUAUCUAGAUCUGAAAGACUUCACCUAAAACAUUCCAAGCAGGAAGCUCAGCGGAUAGUGUCUGAGCCAUCUCCAGAACCCCAAGAAAUAAGUUACAAAGCCUCGACUGAAGCAACAUUAUUAAGAUCUGAAAUAUUUCACUCAAAAAAUGCUAAGCAGGAACCUCAGCAAAUAGUGUCCGAGUCAUCUCCAGAACCCCAAGAAAAAAGUUACAUAGCAAAGUAUACGGAUUUGUUGGCUAAUUUUAAUGAUUUAAAUAGGAACUAUUCCUUGCUAGAAGCUAGGUAUAUUAAAACUAAAGCUUCUUGUAUUAAAAUGAUUAAAGAAAAAAAAAGUCUUAGUGACCAACUAAGAUAUUAUAAAACUAAGUAUUAUAAAUCCCGGAAGUCUGAAUUAACUGAAUGA